ACACACACACACACACACACACACACACACACACACACACACACACACGGUAUGUAGCAAAUAACAACACAACAUUCCUGUUCGACUUUAGCUUGUACUUUUCUCAAAACAACAAGUACACGUCCGUGAAGUCAGCUUUAAUAUCGUUUCACCGUCACGCCUUUCAGAAUGCUAUGAACCAGCUCGUCCGCUUUGAUCCGUCCUGUGCUUGUUGCCAGCCUUGUCUGAUAAUUCAGUAUAGCAGACAAGCUAAUGUCGUGUGCGGAGAGAGCGAACCAACGCCUGCCUGCGUCCGCGUCGGUGUCGGCAUCCUACCCACACCGACGUCUCAUGGAAGGUUAGAAGAUGCUCCGGAUUUUCCAGCUCAUCUUUUUACUAGGCAGUUUGCAUGUUCAGCUGAAUGGAGUUGGGGCUUUUGAUGGACCUCAUAUAAGGCUAUUGGAUGGAGACAACGAGUGCUCAGGGAGAGUCGAGGUACUUCGCCACAACCAGUGGGGGACGGUUUGCGACCAUGGCUGGGACCUAAGGGAGGCUGAUGUGGUGUGCCUGGAUUUGGGCUGUGGCUUGGCCGAAUCUGCCCUUCACGGGGCAGCAUACGGGCAAGGCAGCGGGGAGAUCUGGCUUCGUCAUGUCCAGUGCUCGGGCCACGAGGCCAGCCUGAUGCGCUGUGCCACUGUCCUCCACAGUGACCCCCACUGCACCCACCUGAACGAUGCCGGUGUCAAAUGCUCAGGGACCCUGCUGAUGCCGUCGCUGUCCCUGCUGUCCCCACACGCUGUGUUUGUUGCCGGCGAGGCCGUGCGCUUCAGCUGCACGGUGCUCCUGGGACACCACCUCAGCGACUUCCACCUGUACAAGCAGGGCGUGUCCACGCCACUGGUGACCCAGCGAGUGGACCAGAGCCAGACCCGCGUGGAGCUCACCCUGACUGACCUGGAGACCUUCCACCAGGGCAGCUACAGCUGUGUGUACCGGAUCAGGGGCAGCUCCCCCUCCCAGCUCCUCGCCUCUCCCCCCAGCAACUCCAUCAACAUCACCGUGGUGGAGCUGCUGACUCCCCAGCACUGGUACAACACGUCGACGGAGGCCCCCGUGGGCUCGGUGAUCAAGGGCCAGGGCUUCAACAUCACCUGCGUCACCAAGCAGCAGUACCCAGGGGCCUCCUUCCAGCUGCGCCUUAGCCGGUCCAACGGCACCGUGCGCCAGUCGCUGCCCGCGCUCACGCCCGCCGUCACCUUCACCUUCUCCAGCGCCCAGAGCUCCAACGAGGGCUACUACUACUGCCUGUACCGCGUCCAGCUGGGGGGCCGCACCUUCAUAUCCAGGGAGAGCCAGCCCCUGCCCAUAGCCGUCAGAGAUCCUGACCCAGUGCUGAGUCCUAUGGUAAUCAGUUGGUUGGUGUCGGGCCUGACGUUUGUCGUCGCGCUCAUCAUUAUCAUCAUCGUGGCCAAGGUCCUAUGCCAAAGGGAGGAGAAGCCGUCUGAGCUGGAGAGGGAGACGAGGACCUGUGUGGACAACACUUACGUUGCCUUAUCAAUCAACAAGAUAUGACGAGCAUUGCAAAGGGUGAAUACAUCCUAAGUCUGGCAAGACCUUGGAGCUGGCGAAUGGCUCUGAUGGAUCCUUAGUUAAACAGAACAUUUGCAUUGUACUCCAGUGGUCGACUGGCAUUUUGAUGAUGGCAAAUGCUUUGAUGUUGUAGCUUCAAAGUUGAGCCCCCUUGUGGAAUGGCUGCUGGGACGUGUGCGGUUAUUGAUGAGGCCAGAGCAAACUCCAAAGAGCUGCACAGCGAUAGGUAUACCCCGCUCAACCCCCACACCCCCUCUUUAAAAUACUAAAAGCAGUUUGAGGAUGGGACGUUAAGUAAGACCAGAUGUACCGUCAUGCUGAACACUAACCACAACUAUGUUAAACAAACAACAUAACCUUUGUGCCAAUGGGGAUAAAUUGGAAAGGACAGCGGGUGUGGUGGCAGUUUCACUGUAGUAUGUUCGGACCUCUUGUAUUAAAUCAUGGAUAUAGAAGACCUACCAAGGAUGCAAGGAAUUUAGAAAUGAAGUCCACAUUGAACUAGUACUAGACUUCAGAUUCACUCAGGCUAUUGCUGUAAUCCCAUGUUUAAAUGUGCAGAAUGGUAAUGGCGACUUGAAUGAACCUGCAAAGAAUGUGUUCCUCAGGUGUCCAUGUGUAAUUUGUAUGUACACAGGGUGUCCAACGUUUUAUUUAUUUUUACUAAGUAACACUAACAAGCUCCACUACGCCCAUGUCUUAUCUCCUACAGAUAAAUGAUCCUUAAAGGAUUAGACGUUUUCUAGUUUAAGUAGUGAGACGACCCCUAUUAUUCUAGUCCUUUAGCAAUAAGUGUGUAAAUAAACAGUAUCGUCAACUGUACCGCUCCGUGUAUUGGGAGCCACUGGUGUUAAACAGGUUUUAUAUUUCAGAGUUACAGGUUUGACUGUUAAAUCCGCCGAUAAUGCUGUAUUGUAUAUUUCAUUUUGGCAACUACGGUGGAGCAAGCUGAAUAUUAAAUGAAGUACGCUAUUG